CUGACAUUCCCCCCUCCCCCCCAAAGGCAGAGACAACAAAAGAAAUUGUGUUUAGAGCAAAACAAGAGUUCUUAAACUACAAAGAUGUUUGCCAGAAUGUCUGAUCUCCAUGUUCUGCUGUUAAUGGUUCUGGCGGGAAAGACAGCCUUCGGGUUCUCCCUGCUGUCUUUUCUCACAGACCCGGACCCAGAUUGGACUCCUGACCAGUAUGAGUACAGUCAAGAGGAUUAUAACCAGCAAGAGAAUGCCAGCUCUACCCCUGCCUAUUCUGAUAACCCUGACUGGUACUACGAAGAGGAUGACCCAUGCCUGUCCAACCCUUGUACGCGCGGUGGGGACUGCCUCAUCAGUGGGACCACCUUCACGUGCCGCUGUCGGGACCCUUUCUCUGGAAACAGGUGUCAGAAUGUGCAAAACAAGUGCAAAAACAACCCAUGUGGCCGGGGAGACUGUCUCAUUACUCAGAGUCCUCCUUACCACCGCUGUGCCUGCAAACAUCCUUACAGGGGUUCAGACUGCUCCAGAGUGGUUCCCGUGUGCAGGCCAAAUCCCUGCCAGAACGGUGGCACCUGCUCCCGGCAGAGGCGGAGGUCCAAGUUCACCUGUGCCUGUCCUGACCAGUUCAAGGGGAAACUCUGUGAAAUAGGUCCUGAUGACUGCUAUGUCGGCGACGGCUACUCUUACCGAGGGAAAGCGAGUAAGACAGUCAACCAGCAUUCAUGCCUUUACUGGAACUCCCACCUCCUCCUGCAGGAGAAUUACAACAUGUUUAUGGAGGAUGCUGAGGCCCAUGGGCUUGGGGAACACAACUUCUGCAGAAACCCAGAUGGAGACAAAAAGCCCUGGUGUUUCUUUAAAGUAGACAAUGCAAAGGUGAAAUGGGAGUACUGUGAUGUCUCCGCCUGCUCUGCCCUAGACGUUGCCAACCCAGAGGGAAGACCCGCGGAGCCCUUGACCAAGUUUCCUGAGUUUGGGUCCUGUGGGAGGACUGAGAUAGCAGAGAGGAAGGUCAAGAGGAUCUUUGGAGGCUUUAAGAGCACGGCGGGCAAGCACCCGUGGCAGGCGUCCCUGCAGACCUCGCUACGACUGACCGUCUCCAUGCCCCAGGGCCACUACUGUGGGGGGGCGCUGAUCCACCCGUGCUGGGUGCUGACUGCCGCCCACUGCACUGAGAUAAAAACCAAAUAUCUAAGAGUGGUGCUUGGAGACCAGGACCUGAAGAAGACGGAAUUCCAUGAGCAGAGUUUUGGGGUGCAGAAGAUAUUCAAGUACAGUCACUAUAUUGAAAUAGAUGACAUUCCCUACAAUGAUAUUGCCUUGCUCAAGCUAAAGCCAGUGGAUGGUCAUUGUGCCCUGGAAUCCAAAUAUGUGAAAACUGUCUGUUUGCCCGACAGUCCCUUUCCCUCUGGGACUGAGUGCCACAUCUCUGGCUGGGGUGUCACAGAAACAGGAGAAGGGUCCCGCCAGCUCCUGGAUGCCAAGGUCAAGCUGAUCAGCAACACGAUGUGCAACUCCCGCCACCUCUAUGACCACUCGAUCGACGACAGCAUGAUUUGUGCAGGAAACCUCCAGAAGCCUGGACAAGACUCCUGCCAGGGCGACUCUGGAGGCCCUCUGACCUGUGAGAAGGAUGGCACCUCCUACAUCUACGGGAUCGUGAGCUGGGGCCUGGAGUGUGGGAAGAAGCCAGGGGUCUACACCCAAGUGACCAAAUUCCUAACGUGGAUCAAAGCCACCAUGGAGAAGGAGGCUAGCUUCUGAGGUGUCUUCUGAGGCUCACAGCCCGUCCUGUGAACACCCAGACAAGGCGAGGCCCCGUGGGCAGCAAUGGACGUGCCCUGGAGCCUCUGAGUAUCCAGGCUCUAAGCAGAGACCACUGCUGCCCAGCCCAGGGCACCCGGGACCAGCAUGGCCCCCGCUUCCUCAGGCUCCCUCCUGGGAAACCCAGAAAUGACAGAAUCAACCUGAAGUGCGUGACGUUUGCUUCCCUUCCAACAAUCGUAGCUUCUAGAAAAUCAGUGUUCACAGCCUGCCUUCACCUGGGACAUUGGCAAGUGUGAGCUUCCAGACGGCUCAGCAUUGGUGGGGGUCACCUUUACGUCUUUAUUCCUCAGACACUCAAGGUGCACAACAGGGCGAGCCACCCACUGCUAGGUGUUAGAUGAGGACCAAAACACAACUUUCUCCACCCUUUUUCAGGGAGUUGUUAUUUUAAUAAAGGAGGACUAGGGCAGGGGCGCCAUUUUCACAGUUGGCUCCAACUGGACGUGCAGAUUUCCUCUCCAGCUUCUCUCCCAAGAACCAAGGGUGGACGCCGCCCACUCAGAAUGGGGGAGCCCUCCUCCUUUUGACGUGCAGAAUCUCGGUGGCAUCUGGGUUUACAACCCCCCUCUGAUCAUCUCCGGUCUCCACAGCCUCCGGCACCCCCUGCAGAAACCAAACACACCUCCCUGAGUGAAGCGGAAGCUCCCACAAGACAAGCUGUCUAAAAAGCUCACCUUCUCCUUCCUUUCCCCCUCCUCCAUCCUCCCCAAGAAAAAGGAACCUCAAGGCAAGACACAGAAAGAAGCAAAGCCCAUCUCUCGUUUAGAAAGGGCACCUUUCUUCUGAACAAAGUAGGGUUCAAAACCCAGACUGUGGUAGAUAGUGCGGGUCUGACCCCUUCCGCGCAUGUAACGAGCAAGCAGUCGGCACAGCCUGGCCCGCGUGGCCAGGAUUGAUGUAGCCCCAGCACGCUGGCCUCCAAAGAGCUAAUGGCUGUGACUUCAGAGAAAACCCCGCAGGAAGUUUAACCCAGGUGUCAUCUGCCUGGUCAUCUCAGACCCAUGAAAUUAGGCGCCUUGCCUGAGCUGCAUUGCACGUGUCUUUAGAGCCAGCUAACCUUUGGCCAAAAAUAAAGUUUGAAAAGAAA